AUGUAUCUCCUAAGUCUAGCUAUCUCGUUCCUGAUUUCCGUUAGUUCAGCUUUACCUGCUCCGGAAAAACGCCAGGUAGCACCAAGUGUCCAACUAUCAUAUGCAAACAUCAUCGGUACUGGCUCAACAGGAAUCGACACCUUCAAAGGAAUUCCCUAUGCACAACCACCCAUUGGAUCACUUCGUCUGAAACCUCCCCAACGCAUCACUUCGCACCUCGGAACAAUCCAAGCAACUGAUAUCCCCACCGCAUGUCCCCAAGGUUCUAAAUCAGCCCCGGCAUCGCUUCCGCUCGAUGUCCGCGCCAACCUAUUCCCUCGCCUGGUAUCCGAAGCCUCCACUCCAAUCGGCGAGGAUUGCCUAACAAUCAACGUCCAACGGCCCUCCAACAGCACCAAAAACUCCAAACUCCCCGUCCUCUUCUGGAUCUACGGCGGUGCCUUCCAAGGCGGGUCCACCCAAUCUUUUGAUGCAUCCCAACUUCUCCAGACCUCCAUCUCCAAUCAUCAACCUAUAAUCUACGUAGCAGUCAACUACCGUCUUGGGGGCUUCGGGUUCCUCGGCGGUUCCGAGAUCCUACGCGAUGGCUCUUCUAAUCUCGGGCUCCUGGAUCAACGACUAGGUCUCCAAUGGGUAGCCGAUAAUAUCGCUGCUUUUGGAGGGGAUCCUGAUAAAGUUACCAUAUGGGGUGAAUCCGCCGGGUCUAUCUCUGCAUUCGACCAAAUGGCAUUGUAUGGUGGCCAAUACCAUUAUAAAGAUAAACCACUUUUCCGAGGCGCAAUCAUGGAUUCGGGAUCUAUUACCCCAGCCGAUCCCGUUGAUAGUCCUCGUGCACAAUCCGUAUACAACCAAGUCGUUCUUGCAUCCGGCUGUGCAAAUUCGACUCACACACUCACUUGUCUACGCAACCUCCCCUAUGACAAAUUUUUAUCCGCUACCUUAUCUCUCCCCUCAUUAUCCUCCUACAACUCCAUCGCCAUCCCGUAUCUCCCCCGUCCCGAUCACCACGGUGGAGUGCUCCCCCUUUCCCCCGAGCUCCUUGCCUCCCAAGGUCUCUUCGCCCCAAUCCCCUUCAUAAUCGGCGACCAAGAAGACGAAGGAACCGUCUUCUCUUUCGGCCCCUCCAACCUCUCCACCACCGCCGACCUCGAAAACUAUUUCCACACCAUCAUCUUCCCCGACGCCACUUCCUCACAAAUCUCAACCCUGAUAUCCUCCUAUCCCGAUGACCCAGCUUCUGGUAGCCCCUUUGGCACCGGCGCUGCAAACAAUGUAUAUCCGCAAUACAAACGUCUAGCAGCACUAGUAGGCGAUUUAAGCUUCACACUUUCGCGACGAUUAUUUCUUUCCUAUGCACUUGCUGCUCACCCUCUCACAUCUUCGUAUUCAUAUCUCGCGAGCUAUGGUUAUGGAACACCGGUCGUAGGCACAUCUCACGGAUCAGAUGUCGCGAUUACUUAUGGAGAAACCCUUGGGUUUCCCCAGGAAUCAAUUCAAGAUUAUUAUAUCAAUUUUGUUAAUACUUUGGAUCCAAAUGGGAAGGGGUGGACGGGGGAAAAUGACAGUAGUACUGGGAAUGGGACGCUGCAAUGGCCCAUUUGGGGGAAAGGGAGACAGAUGGUUAAUUUGGGGAAAACGCAGAAUACGUUGAUGACGGAUGAUUUUAGGGAAAACCAGUUUGGGGCUAUUAGAGAGAUGGUUGGGAGUUUACAUCUUUGA